GUGCGCUGUCUGUCGGGUCUCCUCGUCGCUUCCGCAGUCGCCGCUACUUGCGCCCCUGGUUUGGUCAGUGGUGCAGCCGGACCAGCACCAUGUCACUGUCUCGCUCGGAGGAGAUGCACCGGCUCACGGAAAAUGUCUACAAGACCAUCAUGGAGCAGUUCAACCCCAGCCUGCGGAACUUCAUCGCCAUGGGCAAGAACUACGAGAAGGCACUGGCAGGUGUGACGUAUGCUGCCAAAGGCUAUUUUGACGCCCUGGUGAAGAUGGGCGAGCUGGCCAGCGAGAGCCAGGGCUCCAAAGAACUCGGGGACGUUCUCUUCCAGAUGGCCGAAGUCCACAGGCAGAUUCAGAAUCAGCUGGAAGAAAUGCUGAAGUCUUUUCACAACGAGCUGCUCACGCAGCUGGAGCAGAAGGUGGAGCUGGACUCCAGGUACCUGAGUGCUGCACUGAAGAAAUACCAGACGGAGCAGAGGAGCAAAGGUGACGCACUGGACAAGUGCCAAGCUGAGCUGAAGAAACUCCGCAAAAAGAGCCAAGGGAGCAAAAACCCGCAGAAAUACUCGGACAAGGAGCUGCAGUACAUCGACGCCAUCGGCAGCAAGCAGGGUGAGCUAGAGAGCUACGUGUCCGACGGCUACAAGACCGCCCUCACCGAGGAGAGGCGGAGGUUCUGCUUCCUGGUGGAGAAGCAGUGUGCCGUGGCCAAGAACUCCGCCGCCUACCACUCCAAGGGCAAGGAGCUGCUGGCGCAGAAGCUGCCGCUAUGGCAGCAGGCCUGCGCCGACCCCAACAAGAUCCCCGACCGCGCCGUGCAGCUGAUGCAGCAGAUGGGCAACAGCAACGGCUCCGUCCUCCCCAGCGGCCUGUCGGCCUCCAAGUCCAGCCUGGUCAUCUCAGACCCCAUUCCGGGGGCCAAGCCCUUGCCAGUGCCCCCCGAACUGGCCCCGUUUGUGGGGCGGCUGUCUGCCCAGGAGAAUGCACCCGUCAUGAACGGCGUCUCGGGCCCAGACAGCGAGGACUACAACCCAUGGGCUGACCGCAAGGCUGCCCAGCCCAAGUCCACGUCUCCCCCGCAGUCUCAGAGCAAACUGAGUGACUCCUACUCCAACACGCUUCCCGUGCGCAAAAGCGUGGCGCCCAAGAACAGCUACGCCACCACCGAGAACAAGACCCUGCCGCGCUCGAGCUCCAUGGCCGCUGGCCUGGAGCGCAACGGCCGCAUGCGGGUCAAGGCCAUCUUCUCCCAUGCGGCCGGGGACAACAGCACCCUGCUGAGCUUCAAGGAGGGCGACCUCAUCACCCUGCUGGUGCCCGAGGCCCGAGACGGCUGGCACUACGGCGAGAGCGAGAAGACCAAGAUGCGGGGCUGGUUUCCCUUCUCCUACACCCGAGUCCUAGACAACGAUGGCGGGGACAGGUUGCACAUGAGCCUGCAGCAGGGCAAGAGCAGCAGCACGGGUAAUCUCCUGGACAAGGAGGACCUGGCCCUCCCGCCCCCCGACUACGGGACAUCCUCCCGGGCCUUCCCCACCCAGACAGCCGGCACCUUCAAGCAGAGGCCCUAUAGCGUGGCCGUGCCCGCGUUCUCGCAGGGUCUGGAUGAUUAUGGGGCGCGGGCUGUGAGCAGUGCCGAUGUGGAAGUGGCCAGAUUUUGAGCAGCCCCUGACUAGAGUUAUCGUUCCAGGAUACAAGCCACACUUCGCGCUGCCCAGGUGUUCUCAGAACCACCCCCUUUCUCAUUCAAGAAGUGGAUUCAGAAGAUAACCAAAGGUGACUCCCCCAAAUCCUCAGUGACGAACGUCUUCGGGAGGCUGGACCCUAACGCUGCUCAGCUGCAAGGGUCCCACCCUGUCAGGCCAGGGGGUCUGCAGAGGACUGGGAAGAGGGGACAAAGGGCAGGGGGCCUGGCUCGCUCCUGCCUUCACCACACCCAGGACUUCAGGCCUGCCCGCAUCCAAGACGACAGAUGGAUUCCGUGGAAAAGCUGCCGCUGUCCCUAUGUCUCUGCUCAGGAGGGGGACAGAGCUCAGCCCCUGGUCCUCUGCCAGAGUGCCUCGUGGCCCUCCCUGGGGGAGGAGCCCCAGCACCCUGACAGCUCUGACCCUCGCGCACACCGACGUCUCCCGUUUGGGUUAAGAAGCGCUUGUUCUGUGUCUGGGUGGUCCGCUGUUGACUGGCCCCGGCAUCCGCCCCUGGCCGUGACAGAUGUUUGCAGGACAGGAGGAUCGACAGUGGCUUCAGUCCAAAUCUUGUCCUGUUUUGUCAUCCUAGCGUUGACCCCAGCCACCCACCCUGGGUCACUAAAGUGUCCUCCUCGGAGUGGCUUAUAAGCUUGUUCUUUCACAGAAUGUUCCGAAAGGUAGUGGGCACCCAUGGGGGCCUCGCCCUUUCCCCUGGUGCUAAAGGGUAAGGGUGUCCCACCCCAGAGUCUCUGGCCAGGGCUUGCAGGAGAGAGUUGCCCCAGAGGCCUGGAGCAAUUGCAGCCGCCGCCUGCUUCCUCUGACCCUGCAGGGUGUACACAGCACACGCUUCCAUGGCCACACUGUUUUGGGGGAGGAAACACAGACAGUGUGACUGAGAGCUGGGCAUCCCCUUGGGGAAGAUCUUCCUGGUGCAGGUGACAGUGUGGAUUUGCCACCAGUCCUUCCGGUUUUUAAAUUGAGGUGUAGCUGAUUUAUAGUGCUGUUAAUUUCUGUCAUCCAGCAAAGUGAUUCAUUUAUACAUACAUGUACAUUCUUUUUUAUAUUAUUUUCUGAUAGUUUAUCAUAGGAUACUUAAUAUGAUUGCCUGCACUACUGUAGGACCUUGUUUAUCCAUUCUAUAAAUAAUAAUUUGCAUCUGUUAAUCCCAAACUCCAGACCCACCCCUCCUCCCCCUUGGCAACCACACCUGUUCUCUGUGAGUCUGUUUCUCUUUUGUAGGUAAGUUCAUUUGUAUCAUUUUUUAGAUUCUACAUAUAAGUGGUAUCGUAGGAUGUCUUUCUGAUUUACUUAGUAUAAUUUCUAGGUCCAUUCAUGUUGCUGCAAAAUAGCAUUAUUCCGGUCUUUUUUAUGGCUGAGUAAUAUUCCAUUAUGUAUAUAAUCAUUUUUGCUUCAUUCAUCUGUCAGUGGACGUUUAGGUUUUUCUGUGUCUUGGCUAUUGUGGAUAGUACUGCUGUGAACAUAGGGGCGCGUUUAUCUUCUUGAAUUCCCGUUUCCUCAGGAUCGAUGCCCAGGGGCAGGAUUGCUGGGUCACAGGGCAACUCUACAUACUGUUUCCCAUAGUGUCUGCACCAGUUUCCCACCAACAGUGUAGGAGAGGUCCCUUUUCUCCACACCCACUCUACCAUUUGUUUAUAGACUUCUUAAUGAUGGUCGUUCUGAUCAGUGUGAGGUUGGUACCUCAGUGUAGUUUUGAUUUGCAGUUCUUUAAUAAUUAGUCAUGUUGAGCAUCUUUGCUCGUGUCUCUUGGCCAUCUGUAUGUCUUCUUUGGACAAACGUCUACUUAGGUCUUAUGUCCAUUUAUUGGUAGGGCUGCUUUUUUGUUGUUGAGGUAUAUGAGCUGCUCGUAUAUUUUGGAAAUUAAGCCCUUGUCAGUCACAUCAUUUGCAGAUGUUUUCUCCCAGGCCGUAGGUUGUCUGUUUAUGGUUUCCUCUGUGUAAAAGUUGGUAAGUUUGAUUAGGUCCCAUUGGUUUGUUUUUGCUAUUGUUUGUUGCCUUGGGAGACUAAGAAAACAUUGGUAUGAUUUAUGUCCGAGAAUAUUUUGCCUAUGUUUUCUCCUAGGAGUUUGAUGGUGUCAUGUCUUACAUUUAAGUCUUUAAACCAUUUUGAGUUUUGUUUUUGUAUAGAGUGUAAGGGUGCAUUCUGACUUCGCUAAUUUACACAAGGCUGGUCACCAACCCUUUCUGAUGAGACUGCAGGUGUGUCGGGACACACUUGGCCAGUGCCCCCUUCUGCCUCCCACUCUGAUCAGCACGCGUGCCAUCCUCCCUUCUCUGGGUCCCCACUUCUGCUGGGUCCCCAGCUCUGGAUGGACAAACCUACCCCACUUCUAGGCCCCCCGGGACUGCCUGCCCUGACCCUGGCUGGGGACAGCCAAGGGCAUAGAGCCCUCCAGGACCAGAGUCCCAUCAGGGCAGCAGCCCCCAUGGCUGCCUUGCACCCUGUCCCAGGGGCCAUGACCCUGGUCAUAGCAGAACCGCCAGGCGGUCCCUGCCCGAAGCGUAUCUGCACAGACCAGAACCAAGAAGACCAGAGAGAGGCCCUGAGGGAGGGAGCCCACGGCCCCACCAGCUGGGUGCAGAUGCGCCAAGGCAGGGGUGGAACCGAGGCUGACGUGGUUGCUGCCAGCUGUCGGGCAGUGUCUUGGAGACGCGGAAGCCAUGCUUUGCUGCGUCAGCCUCUUCUCCCUAGUUGACCUUUAAACAGCUAAGUCCAGUGUGCCUCAGUGUUUCAGAAAGUGCCGGGUCCUCAGCCACACACGAGGGUGCCCCUCCUCGUGCUCUUCCUGGGCACCUGGAUGGAGUGCCUGCCCAGCUCCCACGGACACCCGGCCGCGCCGAAGGCCACCCCCACCCCAGGU